CUAAUGGAAAACUUUUUAUUUGAUAGCGAAGAAACAUUGACGUGUUCCAGCAACUAUAAAGCAGGAAAAAGAAUCGUGUCUAUAUAUAUAGAUAUAAAAUUUAAGGAAAAUGUUAUAAUAGUAAUGAAAAGAUCAAAUAAAGGCUAAAAAAAGAGACAAGAGAAAAGAAUAAUGAUGUUACCAGAAAGAAGUCGAUUUUUUAUCUACGCUUUAGGUAUAUUUUUUUGUUAUUUCCUAUAUGGGAUAGUGCAAGAGAAAAUUACUCGUGGCCGAUAUGGCACGCACAAGAAUGAUGACGGUACAAUAGGUGAAAGAUUUACAUAUGCCUUGGCUUUGGUAUGGAUUCAAUGUUUAUGCAAUUUUGUAUUUGCUAAAGGUCUUCUCACGCUUCAACCAAAAAAAGAAGAUAACACACAUAUAGGUUAUUAUGCCGUUAGUGCUUUAACUUAUUUAUUGGGUAUGAUUUCUUCAAAUAUGGCGCUGCGAUGGGUUUCAUAUCCAAGUCAAGUUGUCGGUAAAUCUGCAAAACCGAUACCCGUAAUGAUAUUGGGUGUUUUAAUCGGUCGAAAAUCCUAUUCAUGGAUACGUUAUGCUUGCGUUGUCACUAUCGUUCUCGGAGUUGUGCUAUUUAUGUAUAAAGAGAGUAAAGCAAAUGCUACAGCGACCGCCGAUAACGCAGGUUUAGGAGAAUUAUUACUCUUUUUAAGCUUAUCCAUGGAUGGUUUAACGGGAGCAGUGCAAGAACGCAUGCGUUCAUCUAGCGCUCCUACCGGCCUGCAAAUGAUGUUAUCUAUGAAUUUUUGGAGUGUUCCAAUGCUGGGAUUUGCUAUGAUUGUUACGGGCGAAGGUAAAGAUUUUAUAUACUUCGCUUCACGUCAUCCAGAGCUAUGGACUCACAUGUCUAUGCUGGCUUUAUGUGGCUGCUUUGGACAAUUUUUUAUAUUUCUAAUGGUGGCCAAGUUUGGUCCGUUGGCUUGUUCCGUCGUAACCACUACACGUAAAUUCUUUACGGUACUUUGUUCGGUAGUUGUAUUUGGGAACGUUUUAAUACCGCGUCAAUGGAUUGGCGCCAUACUAGUUUUUGCUGGUUUAUUUGCCGAUAUGUUUUAUGGAAAGAAAACUCAUAUCCCAGCUAUGCCGGCAGCAAAUAAAAAACUUAAUUUUAAUAAAGAAAUGGAAGCAGAUGAGAAGAAAAAAUUAUCAUCUUAGAUCGCCUCUUUUUUUACGUAGUGCAAGUCGAGAUAAAUGUCUAUCAUGCAAUUUAGUUUAAUUAUUUACAUUUUGAUCGAUGUUAAAUUCCAUUUUAAUAAUUAAUUUUAUACAAACAUUGUACAAUAGUUUCAAAUGUUACUACUAAUCAUGAUGCAAACACUUUAUACAUAAAUAAAUUAUAAAAUUAAUAUUUAAAAAGUUAUA